GCAGGAAGGCCAUAACACAUGAAACAACACACCGUGGGGGAGAUUUGACCGCAUUGCAGCCUUCGCUAUUUCCAGACUGCCGCAAGCCUUUUAGACUGGCAAAAAUUCUCUAAUCCAUCUCUUCACAUUAUUUUCGUCUCUUCUCGCCAUCAACAGAUGCCAUGGAGAAUACUCGAGAAUUUUCGUUGCUCUUAUCCGAUAAGGACGAUAAUCUUUCACUACUGGAGAAAGGAAAUGCGGAUAUAGAACCAACAAAGAUCCAAAAUUUCCAUCGCCACUGGAUAUUGUAUGCUUUCUUCGCAGCUGUACUACUGUUGGUCAGUCUGUCCGAAGCAUUUUUGUGGUCUCGUUACGAGAAACCAAAUGGUCAACCAGACAACACCAUUACGCUCAAAUGUGGGAAAACCCCAGAAGAAGCUCGAAGUCUGGGAUGUCAGUUGGAUGUUAUGGUCUAUGCUUGGACACCACCUCCAUGUCUUAACAACACACAUGCCCUCAUGUACUUUCAUUCGCAAAAAUGGCCGUUCUGGAAACAUGAGAACAGGACUGAGGAGAUUCCCGCCGAGGAUAUCUUGGCAGGGAAGUACGAGAGGUACUUUUCGACUUGGCCAUUCCACGGUGCUCAUUGUCAAUAUCUGCUUUCGAGGAAUCUCCAAGUACUUCCCACUGGCGGCCCCCUUAACGACUACAUGCGAGAUCGAGAGCACAACACGCACUGUUUUGAUGAGGUCCGAGCGCCUACUGAUCCGAGGAGAACGUUGGAGGUUGGAAUGGCCUAUUCAUCGUGUGACAUUGGAAAAUGAGAUCUAGGACAUUGUGGUCUGAGUGGGUAUCAUUCAGGGAGAGGAGGCAAAUCAACGUUUUUCAAGAAUGGGCAAGAAUAUGAGAGUACGAUUUUCGUGGUGGCAAUCAUUUGCACUCAGUUGCAAGGAAAUUCAUCGUGUACAAGAAUCACACUAUCUCGAGAGUCUCAAGUAGGUGGUGAAGUUAGUCAGCUGUUGCUCUGGGCACACAGAAUUUUAAGCGAGGUGAACUAAAACAAUGCCUCGAGGUAUUGUUUGUGUGCAGGUAUUCAGAGUGAAGCUUUUAGAAACUACGUCUUUGACGUCUUUGAAUUUUAGGACAUCCUAGAGUGCGACGAGACUUCCGGAG